CUUCAGCAUCUGCAGACGUUGCCUCCAAGAUGGACCAAAAGAAGUAUUUCUUCCGCCUCAACGCAGCCCAGGCUGUUAUUUUGGUUGGAAUUGUCGAAUUGAUUUCGGUUCUACAAGUUCUCUUUGGUUUUGGACUUGUCUUCAGUUACGCUUCAGUAGAUAAUAUUUUAGAUGUCGAUUCACCCCAUUUCAAUUGGGGCUUUUUAUUAUUGCCAUCCACAUUUAUCAGUGGUUUGCGCCUGCUCUUUCCCUCUCUGCUCAUCAUUGGAGUUUUGAAAGAUAACACCCGUUUUGUGUUGUCUUGGAUCAUUGUCAAUUGGAUAUGGAUUCGAGUUGCUUUCUGCGCCUUCCUCUACUUUCCCACGAACGUAAUCAAAUUCAGCGGAGUGUCUCUUUUCUUCUACGCCUCCUUUGUCACCGUCGGCUUUGUUUUCAACAUAUACAGUCAGGGUGUGGUACAGGAGUACUACAAUCAGUGCAAAUGCAAGAAGCAGGAAUUAUUUACAGUCCAGUGCUAAAAUUUUUGAUUCCAUCACUACAUCUCCUAUAGAAGAAGCUUCAAACAACUCUUAUAAGUUUUAAAACUAAUUUUCCUUUUCAAACAGAAAAACAUUAUUUCUGUAUAUUUCUGUAUAAUUUGAAUUUUAUAAAUAUCGCACUUUUGUCCUUCUUUGGAAAAAUAUUAAUGUUUCUUUAAUUUUUAUUUUAUUUUGUAACUCAUUCUUUUCAAAAUAAAGAAGCGCUUGA